UUAUAUAUAAUAAUAUUAUUGUAUUAAUAAUAAAAUUGUUAAGAAGAAAAAGUAAAAUAUGCACCUCCCGUCCUGGCGUGGAUUCGAAUCCCAGUCUGCCGUAUGGCAGACCAGGGCUUAGACCAUUCCGCUGUUUGUCAGGUUGAGUUGGGAUGGGAUCCGCAUGGCCCAAGAAAACUGCAGGAACAGGCUCGGGAGUACCGUACCCAGAGGUGGUGGAUGUGGUUUUUCUUCCUUCAGUCGUCGUUUAAACCUCCGGGCACAGUGGUCCCGAGCCUGUGGAUCCAAAUUUUCUCCGCUCUCUUCCUCUGCCCACAGGUCCAGCGAUCAUUGUUCUCUAGAACAGUUAUGAUGAGGUGGAUGGGACUGAAAAUGUUGAACCAGAGGAGUGUGGAGUCGACCUUCCCCAAUGUUAUACAGUACCGUGGCUCAUACAGACUGAGGAUCUAUGAGAGGGAGAACUUUGGAGGCCAGAUGUCCGAGCUGAUGGACGACUGUGACAAUGUCAUGGAUUGUUACCGCAUGUCCAACUGCAUGUCUUGCCACGUGAUGGACAGACACUGGCUGAUGUAUGAGCAGCCCCACUACAGAGGCAGGAUGAUGUACAUGAGGCCUGGAGAGUACAGGAGCUUCAUGAACAUGGGCAUGGGCAACAUGAAGUUCAUGAGCAUGAAGCGCAUCAUGGACUCUCACUAUUAGAGUCACCAUGGA